AUGAUCCCAGAAAAACAGAUCCCAACCACCGCAUUCGUGGUUGAGAAACCAGGAGCGCCUUUUGUCCUUCAAGAUAUAAUUCUUGAUGAAGUCCGGGCAAAUGAAGUCUUAGUUGAAAUGAAGUAUACUGGCCUUUGCCACACAGACAUCGUCGUCCAACAAGGCGCAAUCCCAGUCGGUGAUUAUCCCGCCGUACUAGGCCACGAAGGCGCCGGAAUAGUCCGUCGCGUCGGCAGCGCCGUCAAAGACAACUCCCUCCAAGAGGGCGACCUUGUCUUCCUAAGCUUCAGCUCCUGCCACCAAGAAUCCUGCAGCCCCUGCAGCAAAGGCCGAAACGGAUUCUGCGACCAGAUGACAUCCAUUAACUUCGCCGGGGCUCGGGGUCUCACCGCUGCCGAGUCACCCAUCUCUUUCCCCGGCGGAAGCCCAAUCCGAGGCCAGUUCUUCGGCCAGUCCUCCAUGAGUAAGCUGGCUGUGGUUGACGAGCGGUCGGUCGUCAAGUCCCCUCCCGGAUCUGGAGUCACGGUCGAGGACAUGGCGGUCCUUGCUCCUCUUGGCUGUGGAUAUCUCACUGGUGCUGGUACCGUCUUUAAUGUGCUCAAGCCUACACCGAAGAAUCGCUUUGCUGUUAUUGGUAUGGGUGCUGUUGGGGUGGCGGCUAUGUUGGCUGCCCGGUCUCAGGGAGUCGAAACUGUUAUCGCGGUUGAUAUUGUUGAUGCGAAGCUCGAGCUGGCGAAGUCUCUUGGUGCAUCGCAUACGUUGAAUACGAAGAGUGUAUCGGAUCUUGCGCAGGGGUUAUUGGAUAUAUUCCCGGAUGGCGUGGACUGUAUCCUCGACACGACGGGUGUAGUUCCUUUGCUCGAGGCUGCAGUCAAAGCUUUGGGUCAUGAAGGUACCCUAGCUAUUGUGGGUGUUGCUCGUGCUGGCUCGUCUCUCAAUAUCGAUCCUUUGAAACUCAUGAUGGGUUGUCAGCGUGUUGUUGGUGUUAUUGAGGGCUGUGCGAAUCCCGCUGUGAUUGUUCCACAACUGAUUGAUCUAUACAAACAAGGGAAAUUCCCGGUCGAUAAGCUUGCUAAAAUCUAUGCCCCGAGCGACUUUGAGCAAGCCAUGGCAGAUUUGCACUCUGGAAGUGUUAUCAAGCCCGUCAUCCAAUGGGCAGACCUGUGA